CAUCAAGAGUUCCUGCUUGAAUUCGAAAAGGGGAAGUUCCCAAAAAUAUAUUGACCGAUGUCGGAAGACUGCAAGUGGGCAAGAGGUGAAAAGAGAAUGAGAGCAUAACUCCAAGGUCUAGCUGUGAAAGAGAGGUUUCAGUUACUUCUGUGAGUUGUGGCUUUGAGAUCAUAUCCAUUUUACAAUGUUGCCCCAUGCUACACUGCUCUCCAUCUGGAUAGGGCUGGCCUCUGCUACAGUCAUCUGCCCGGAUGGGCUUGAGUGCCCAGAAAAGAACACGUGCUGUCUGACCGAAGGAGGAUAUGGAUGUUGCAUCUAUCCCUCCGCUGUCUGUUGCUCUGACCAGGUGCACUGUUGCCCAGCUGGCUACCACUGCAGUGAAGCAGUUCAGUCUUGUGUGAAAGACAGCCUGCCAUGGCUCAGACUGCCGUGGCAUAAAAACAUGCCUGCUAAGGAACCAGAGAUGACUCUCUUCAAGCACUUGACUCCCGAUUUUGAGACAAACGCCAGUCAGGAGAAGCCUUCAGACGUGUCUGUGGUGUGGUGUGAUAGCUAUUAUCAAUGCCAGGAUGGUGCAACGUGCUGCAGAUACGUAUAUGGAUCCUGGUUUUGCUGUGUGUUCACAUCAGGUCACUGCUGUAGGGAUGGCAUUCACUGCUGUCCGGCUGGCACCUACUGUGACGCCACCUCUACCCACUGUCUGCGGGGGCAUUCACGCAUAGCUGCCACUCCCCAGUUGCCUGCCCUCAGAUCGGAUAGAGCUCAGCAGGACCCGUGUUGUCUGAGCGAGGCAGGCUGUUGCCAGGUGGGAUUCCACUGUGACCGACAGCUGAGGGCUUGUGUGAGAGACUUUGCUGCUCCUGUACCCUGGGUCACACGGGAGCUGACCCCUGGAGAUGACAGGGUGGCCCUCAGCGGGGUCAUCCGCUGUGACGGACGUUUCUACUGCCCCGCCGGCUUCUCCUGCUGCACGUCACCCGAGGGGAAAUGGGGUUGCUGCCAGUACCCACUGGGCCAGUGCUGUCUGGAUGGUAAGCACUGCUGUGAGUACAAGUGGAAGUGUAACAAGAACUCUACAGACUGUGUGAGGGGAGACACCAGCAUCCCUUCAUCUGCCAUGAGGGAGAUACUGCUACUGUGAUGCAGCAACACUGCUAUGGGUCUCAUGUGCAGAGAACUUCACAUCAGUGGGAUUCAUCUAUUGGUGCUCAGGAUGUAGCCUACACACUGCAAUCUGUCAUUAUUAUUCUCCCUAAUGUAGUCUGACACUCUUUCAAUUGUGCACUGUUACAUUUAAUUAUUGUAUUGUUUUUAUUUGUAUGUUGCUUUGGACAAAUCCCAUAACCGUAACCAUAAACAUACACUCAUACAAUAAUGAAAUCAAAGAUACCAAUUUUUCAAUCAUUUUGGAGUGGUAUUUACACUUGAAAAUAAAUAAAAAGUUAUGUUAAACCUGGUAA